AUGGAGUUUGUGUUACGACUACAACGAGCUCGCCGGUCCAGCUCUCAAGAACCUUCCAAGAACAAAACUGGUCAAAGUCGCCCGUCAAAAAAUCAGAACUCGAAGAGACCAGCAACUGCUCAAAAGUCGAGGAAAGAUUUCGAUGAUGUCAAGAGCGACUCAGAGGUGCACAGACGAUCCAAUAAAAGUUCAAAGGCGCGAUGCAAUGCUGCGAUUGAAAUGACGAGGCACUCAUCUGUCUUCGUCUCGUCCGAAAUGCGCCGACCGCGGAGCGCGAAAAACCCGCCCUGUACAUUUUCGCGAAUUGCCAACUUCGACGAGGGAGCCCUCUCCCGAAACUCCUCCCUGGAAACGACUUCGUCCGCCAGCUUGAAUCGCAUUUCCAGUCCGUUUUCAUCCAACCAACGUCAUUCCCUGUCAUCGUCAAAUCCAGAUUCUGGACUGUGCUCCCUCGACUUGAGCGAUAUUUCCCUCAACGGAGCGAGCAGAAGCGACAUUUCUAGAGUCAGGAGUUCCGAUGAUGUUACAAAAAGAUGCCUAAAGGAAAUUGGCAGUCGUUCAACCUCAGCCCUUGGCUCCGUCACGCGACACGAUGUCCUUCCAAGGCCGCUUUCAGUUUCGUCCAUGCCAAACACAUCCCGCCACCGAUCCUCGAAGACAUUCCGCAAUUCCGUCAAAAUGACUCGUCAAAGUUCCGCCACUCUCCCGGGCUGGGAUGUCUUCCCCAACCCUUCGAAUCUCCCUCUACCAAAAAUUGACAAACGAAUUGAAGAACUCGUUCACACUGAGAGGGAGUACGUCAAGAGUUUGAAUUACAUCGUCAAGCAUUAUAUUCCGGAAAUGGACCGAGCCGACAUUCCAGCAACGUUGCGAGGCCACCGGUCAACUUUGUUUGGCAAUUUGGCGAAGCUGCGCGACUUCCACCAAAAUCAGCUUCUUCCCCAGCUCGAGCGUUCCCACCAAUUUGCGCAUAGAAUCGCUCCCAUCUUUCUUAGACACGAGUCCGAAUUGGACAUGUACGCCUACUACGUAAAAAACAAGCCGCUUUCCGACCGGUUAAUGGCCGAAUCCGGCAAGUUUUUCGCAAAGAAACAGGAGCAAAUCGGCGAUGCAAUGGACUUGGCCAGCUACUUGCUCAAACCGGUGCAGAGAUUGACAAAGUACGCGCUCUUCUUGGACGGAAUCUCGAAAAAUUUGACGAAAACAGCCGAUAAGGAGGAAAUUGAUAAAGCCAAGAAGCUGAUCGAAUUUCAGCUGCGCCAUGGAAAUGAUCUUCUAGCGAUGGACAUGAUCCGAGGAUGCGACGUUGAUCUUCGAUCUUGCGGAAAACUCCUCCGCCAACACGAGUUCAUAAUCACGAUCGGACGGCGAAAAGCUCAACGAAGAAUCUUUCUCUUCGAAAAAGUCUGCCUUUUUGCCAAGACGAAGAAACUGCCAAGCGGAGAUAUUUAUCAAUACAAGAACUCUUGGCUCACCUCAGAAAUCGGCAUGACUCCUGUCCUAGAAGAACCCCUCAAAUUCGAGCUCUGGCACCGCCGCCGUAAUCGUGAAACCGUAAAUUACUGUGCUUCCCAAUUCGGCGAUCGUAAAGAGCAGUGGAUCAACGAGAUCAACGCGUUGCUUCUUUCUCAGGCGGCGCAGAUUAGAGACGCUAGAAUGAAGGAGCUAGCGGAGCUCGGGGUCGGAGCCAAACCAUAUCUGAACAUCGAAGGGGCAGAUGCAAUUACAGACAGAAGCAUUCAUCUUUCAAAUAUUCGACCUCGCAUGCGAAACUCAGUCGCGGUAUCUUCCUUCGACCACCAGUCCAGCAGCGUUUCCUCCCCUCGCGACCUGCUCAAGCGCCGCCCCAACUCCCUCGUCUCAACUGCCUCUUCCUCCGAGAGCACCUCCUCUCCACACCUAAUCAACACCCUCAACCUGCAUCUUUUCUCCCCCGAUUCCUCUUCCUUCUCCUUUCCCUCCGCUCAACUCUCUCCCCCUUCCGCUCCAGCUCCUUUCCGCUCAGCUCCGCUCCGGCAUUGCUCGGGCCGAGCGGGUGUCGCUCCGCCGCAAUUAACGAGCUUACAGGAAGACGAAUCUGAUCUAGAAUCGGAUGCGCCGCAGACUGUGAGGAUCAAGUCUUACAGACAAUACGAAACAACCGUUUAA